CAUAACUAACCGCCAUCAGCAGAAGAACAUAGGAGACGUUGCAGCAGUGUGAGCCAUGAAAUGUUUCUUUGCUCUCUCUCUUCAAUGCGCUAUUGAUUUAAUUGUUGAACUUUAUUUAAUCGCUUCAUGAUUCUUUCUCACUUCAACAACGUUCUUCACGUACCACCGUUUCCUCUCACCACAAAUGUGGCGUCAAAGCUUCUCCAAAUUCGCCAUUAGAGCUUCCGGUUUAGGGUUUCUAACGCGAUCUUUCUCACGCGUGGCGGGAAAGAGGUUCGCUGCGCUGUGGGGGAACGGCGAUUAUGGCAGAUUGGGUCUUGGCAACUUGGAUUCGCAAUGGAAACCCGUCGUUUCCACCGCCUUCCGCAACCAGAACCUUAAAGCCAUUGCUUGUGGCGGUGCUCACACUCUCUUCUUAACAGACUAUGGAUGUGUAUAUGCAACGGGUCUUAAUGAUUUUGGGCAGCUUGGUGUCUCAGAGAGUAAGCACUACUCAGUGGAGCCACUUCGUGUUUUUGGAGAGGAGAAGAAAAUUGUGCAGAUCUCUGCUGGUUAUAAUCAUUCUUGUGCGAUCACAGUGGAUGGAGAGCUUUACAUGUGGGGAAAAAACACAAGUGGGCAGCUUGGACUUGGAAAAAGGGCUCCAAACAUAGUUCCUUUGCCUACUAAAGUAGAAUACUUGGAUGGAAUCAACAUUAAAAUGGCAGCUCUGGGUUCAGAGCACACUGUCGCAAUUAGUGAUGGUGGGGAGGCCUUUAGUUGGGGAAUGGGAGUGUCUGGUAGACUUGGUCAUGGCCACGAGUCAAGCAUCCUAGGAUUCUUCAGCAGUUCCAGGAAAUUGCAUUUGAUCUCAAGUGAUUUGGCUAAAAGACACUUGCCACUUUGUGGUAAAAAAAUUCACACUUCACCUCCUUAUCGUUUCCCUUUUAAGACAUAACAAGCCAUGUGUUAUUUUCCAUCCUUUUUUUAAUGGAGUGUACAUUUUCCCGCCCUUUUAGGAUUUACUAUAAAGUUAUCUAAUUUUCAUUCUUCUGUCGGAGAUUGAUAGUCAUUGUCUCACCCUUUUUAUUACCUUGCACUUACGGGUGAAAAUAGGAUAGAUCGCA